GCUGCGCCUCGCGUAUGAGGCCGCCAAGGCUGCCGGACUCCCAAACGAGGAUACGGUGGUGGCGAAGGCAGAUGCUCUGCUCAAGUGUCAGGAGAAUCACCGACGCGCCUUGCUACAAGCGAUGGCACAGGCCGCGGACGCGUUUGCGCGAGCCCGCCGCGCCGAAGAUCUGCCCAGCCUGAAGCAAAUCAAGGACGACCUGAGCGCGCUUCCCGGGGAUCUCCCUGCCGCUCGGCUCCUCGUGCCCGAGAUUCGCGAGGCCAAGUAUCGCCGUGUCGCCCGGGAGAUGCAUGCCGGAUGCAGAAAGCUUCUCAAGCGAGUGCCGUCCGAGGUCUACCCCGGUGGAGGAGACCGUGUUGACUGGAUCGACACGGCUACGCAA